AUGCUCAAUACAUACAAAAAUCAAAGCUUUAGUGGCUGUCAAAUGACAAAAGGAGUUUCCGAGUGUCAAGUUCCGAGACGAGGUAAAAAAUCUCUGAUAGUGAAUGCCCGUGAAAGACAUUUAACCUACUCUGAUUUUCCAUGUACCAGGUAUGUUAAUGUACUGCCGAAGACCUGUCACUUCGUUUCUCAAAAGUCGAAAUAUAAAGAUUCCAAGCAACUCACUUCCCGUUCAAAGAAUAAAUUUAUUUUGAUGAGAAGCCUAUUGCAUAGCACCGUUUUGAAAAUUGCAAGUUGCUCUCAUACUGACCAAAAAGGCCAGUUCAAUGUCGAGGAGGUUUCCAAGAUUGCAUCAUGGCUGUGGAGACAAAACAGAGGUGUUUUUCAAUCAUAUUUUGAGGUACUUGCCGUAUUCGAAGAGCGCAGGGUUACAAAAAAGCCCGUGUCCUUUCCCUCAGUAAGGAAACUGUCGGAAGCUAUUGGAAAACAAUGUAUACCAUCAACCUACAGUUACGAAACGCUGACCAAUGGGGCAGACACUACAGCGAUGGAGAGCAAGAAAACGUACAAGGCCUUCUGUGGCAGAUUCUCUCUCAAGGAGGCUACAGGUAGGGUCAGGAAGAAGAAACCUAUACAAACCUUCGCCCUCCGCUCCGCCAACAUUGAAGACGUCUUUCUCCUAUAG